ACGAGUAAAGAGGAACUCGGCUCUUGCGGCACAUCGAUGACACACUCAGAGUAUUAAAGCCUCAUUUCUGGUGUGUUUUACUUCAGUUGGACUCUGCUGCAUCUCAGCAUGGAGGAGAUCUACGUCAGGCAUGUGGAGCUGCUGGGCUUCGAGAAACGCUUCUUCCCGAGUCAGCACUACGUGUACAUGCUGAUGGUGAAAUGGAGCGACCUCUCAGAGAAGCUCAUCUACAGGACGUAUCCUGAAAUUCACACUUUCCACAAAUCGCUGAAGGAGAUGUUUCCCAUCGAGGCUGGUCAAAUAGAAAAGAAGGACAGAAUCAUCCCUUCAUUACCAGCUCCACGGUGGGUGGACAGCCAGAAGUCGAGAGAAACCAGGAAGACCACGCUGGCCGAGUACUGCCACUCGCUGGUCAACCUGCCGCCUCACAUCUCCCGCUGCAAACUGCUGUCCAGCUUCUUCAAGGUCCGACCGGAGGACGAAAACCCGCCGGCCCAGCACACGCUGAAAAGAAACGAGACGUUCGUGGUGUCCAGGGAGCUGAACAGAGGCAUCGCAUCUGAGAUUUCCGGCCCCAUCAUCCUGGACACCUACAGAGUGAUCGCAGACUUCGAAAAGACGUCCAAACACGAGAUCAACCUGCACACCGGCGACCUGGUGGAGAUUGUGGAGAAAAAUCAGAACGGUUGGUGGUUCUGCCAGUUCGAGACGAAACGAGGCUGGAUUCCUGCGUCCUACCUGGAGCCUCUGGACGGACCGGAGGAGGCCGAGGACGCUGAGCCCGACUACGAAGGCGAGCUGCACGUCACCGUCCAGGCCUACGAGGCGGAGCAAGGGGACGAGAUUUCUCUGGAGAUUGGUGAAACCGUGGAGGUCAUUCACAAGCUGCUGGACGGCUGGUGGGUUGUCAGGAAAGGAGAGGAGACCGGUCACUUCCCCUCCAUGUUCCUGCAGAAGGCCGGCAAACGAGAGAAAUAUGAAGCUGAGAGGAUUAAUCUGCGGGGACAGAGGCCACCACCUCGCAGGUCUGCUCAUAUUUUAGUUAAAUUUUCUGACAAAUCAGAGAUGGUCGAGCAGAAACAGAUUUACAUUUUAGCAUCAGCUCUGAGCCCAGAUUUGACCAGAUGCCGUUUCCUACCGACAGAUAACAUCCCCGAGCAGUCCGGCUCCAGCUCCGAGGGCGAGCCGAAGAAGGAGGCGCCGGUCAUCCCUCCCCGGCCCAGUGCGGAGCUCAUCAUGGAGCGCUGCACCGACAAAACCCGCAAGAAAGUCAGCAUCCACAAGUCACAACCCAGCUCCACCAGCUAGCAGCUAAAAAUCACCAUCAAACAGCCGCUUUAGAAGCUUUUCUCCAGACAAGAUGGUGGCUCAGGUACAAAAUGUAGCGAUGUUCAGGGCGUCGUAUGCUCUCAUGAGAUCUUCAUGAGAUGAAAUACGAUGUGAUGAGAUAAAAGAUGAGAUAUGAUAAGAUAAGUUAAGAUAAGGUGAGAUGAAAUUAAAAAAGAUGAGACGAGAUCAAAUAAAAUGAUAAAAUUCGACGAGCAAAGACGUGAUGAGAUAAA